AUGUACACGGUUCAGCACGCCAUCCAAGCUGGCAAGUGCGACUGCCGGAUCUACAUGCUCAAGCUGGAUCAUAAUAGAGCCUACGAUCGAGUGCGCAGCGAAUGGCUGCUCGACGGCCUGGUGGCGUAUGGGUUCGGACCACGUUUCAUCAACUAUAUCAGGGAGUUCUUCAAGCACCCGACCCUUCGGCAAUCCGUGGAAGGCCACAUGAUCGAUCCUGUCCGACUCGACUGCGGCUUGCCUCAGGGUGAUCCAAUGUCAGACCUUCUCUACGCCCUCAGCUUGCAGCCGAUGCGUUGCUAUGCGAGCGGACGCGGAAGCCUUCGUCGUUGUGCGUUCGUUGCGGCGGCUCAUGCGCUGUCACUGAUCUGA